AUGGCAGGGGGAGGUAAGGGAGAAGGGCCGAGGCAGGGUGCGGCGGAGGGACGGGGGCCGAGGCAGGGUGCGGCGGAGGGACGGGGGCCGAGGCAGGGUGCGGCGGAGGGACGGGGGCCGAGGCAGGGUGCGGCGGAGGGACGGGGGCCGAGGCAGGGUGCGGCGGAGGGACGGGGGCCGAGGCAGGGUGCGGCGGAGGGACGGGGGCCGAGGCAGGGUGCGGCGGAGGGACGGGGGCCGAGGCAGGGUGCGGCGGAGGGACGGGGGCCGAGGCAGGGUGCGGCGGAGGGACGGGGGCCGAGGCAGGGUGCGGCGGAGGGACGGGGGCCGAGGCAGGGUGCGGCGGAGGGACGGGGGCCGAGGCGGGGUUGCGGCGGAGGGACGGGGGCCGAGGCGGGGUGCGGCGGAGGGACGGGGGCCGAGGCAGGGUGCGGCGGAGGGACGGGGGCCGAGGCAGGGUGCGGCGGAGGGACGGGGGCCGAGGCAGGGUGCGGCGGAGGGACGGGGGCCGAGGCAGGGUGCGGCGGAGGGACGGGGGCCGAGGCAGGGUGCGGCGGAGGGACGGGGGCCGAGGCAGGGUGCGGCGGAGGGACGGGGGCCGAGGCAGGGUGCGGCGGAGGGACGGGGGCCGAGGCAGGGUGCGGCGGAGGGACGGGGGCCGAGGCAGGGUGCGGCGGAGGGACGGGGCCCGAGGCAGGGUGCGGCGGAGGGACGGGGGCCGAGGCAGGGUGCGGCGGAGGGACGGGGGCCGAGGCAGGGUGCGGCGGAGGGACGGGGGCCGAGGCAGGGUGCGGCGGAGGGACGGGGGCCGAGGCAGGGUGCGGCGGAUGGACGGGGGCCGAGGCAGGUUGCAGGAGAGGGGGGAGGGUACAAGUGUUAUAG